AUGACUUACCAGAUAACUGGCGAGAAAGUCCUCGAUGAAAGUUCCGACGAGGAGGAGGAAACUGAUUUUGGUUUGCCAGAAGGUCUAGCCCGAGCACUAAAAGAAGCCCAUAGCGAGGGUUCCAAAGCCUUAUACGGAACUAGUGCUAAACCGGCGGAUUCCGAUUCAUCAGAUUUCGAUUUUGAUGAGUACAUGAAAGAAAACAAGGCUCUGCAAAUCAAGCGAGUUAAAGAGGCAAAAACCUGGGUUGAAACACAGAAAACUAGUAAUAACCUUGAUUAUAUAUUGGAAAAUGAGGAAGGUUGUUUGGAUGAUUUAGUAGCCCAUGCCAACCAGAAAAAAGCCAAGUUAGCGAAAUUAGAAGGUAAAAUUGAAGCCAAAAAAGCGGCCAUUGAGGACGAGAAUAACCUUGAAACCCGAAGCAAACUAGAAACUGAAUUAGCCAAUUUAGAAGCCAAGAAAAAGCAGGGUGAGGAAAGUUUAGCCCGCUCAGAAUUCAGAGUUAAAAAUGCCAAAAUUAAUUUAGAUAAUUUAAGAGACCUCAAAAAAAAUGUAAUCGCCUCUAUCGAGAAAGUCGGAAUUGAUGCCGAAGCCCAUAAAAUAGAAGCGGAAUUGAAAGGACUUUUAGAGGAGACCGAGGAUAAUAAACAAAUGAGUGUCGAAAAAGUGGCUAAAUUAUGCGAGGACAUCGAAAAAUAUUUAAAAAUAAUUGCCGAGUUGGAAAAACACAAAGCCGAACAGAAAAAAGAAAUAAUCCGCUUGCUAACCAGAAGCCAAGAAAGAGAAAAAGCAAACCGGAAUUCAACCAAAAAAAGUGCCAAGUUCCCUCAAUUGAAAAGAAUUAACACUCAUUAUCGGAGUGAUUCAGGAACUUCUGAUUUUUCCGACUUUUAUUCUGACUACUAUUCCGAGACUCCUAGUCCAAAGGAAAAAGAUAGCCAAGAAAUGUUGGUUGAAAAUGAAACUCUGAAAAAGUUGUUAGAACGGGAAAGGGAAGUAUUAGCCGAAGCACAGAAAAAAAUUACUGGUUUAGAGGAACAGUUAGAGGAAUUAAAGAAGGCCGCUAAAAACCAAAUUGAGAAAUUAACGAAAGAAAUAAAAGCAUUGAAAGAGGAAUUAGAUUUGGCUGAUAAAAAAGGGAAAGGACUAGAAGAAACUAUUGAGGCUCAAAGAGAGCAAAUUAAUAAGGCUAGUAGUUUAACUCCUGCCGAGCAGGAAUUUUUAAAACGGAUUCCUAGUUUAAUUAAAGAAUACUACUUAUAUGCAUUACCUAAAAAUAAAAACAAUUUAGAAAGACAAUACCAGGCUCAUUCUGAUACUUCCUCUAAUAAUUCUUUGAACCAGAUAGUUGCCCAAAACCCAUCGAUUUCUCUUCCUUUACCAAAUAAAGAGAUGAAGCCGGCUAAAGAAGUAAAGAGCGAGUUAGCGGAAUUGAAAAACAAUUUAACGAAAAUUGAAACUGAACAUAAUCUCUAUAAAAAGAAGUCCGAAGCAAUUACUACUAACCAAGAUAAGUUAAUUGGUAAAUUAAAACUAGAUUUAGAAAAUAAAACUUCGGAAGUUACCAGGCUAAGAAAUAGACUCGAAAAUUCUGAGUUAAAACAAACCAAAUUAGAAUUAGAAGUUAAUGAAUUAGAAAAAAGGGCUAAUAUCACCAGUUUUGAAUACAAUGAGUUAGUGGCUAACAAAAAACCGGCUGACCUACCUGAUAAUUGA